UCUUUCUCUUUCUCUCUCCCCCCCCCAUUCCUGCAGGCGGUCGCUAAGACGAUGUCCACAGACUGCCGUUGCCAUGGCGUGUCGGGCUCGUGUGCGGUGAAGACGUGCUGGCGCACCAUGGCCCCGUUUGAGCGCGUGGGUCGCUACCUGAAGGAGCGAUACGAGACCAGCGUGCAGGUUCUCGAACGGACCGCCCCGGGGUCAGCAGCGCGCCGCCGUCGGGGGUUGGCGGGGGCGCUGGGAAGAUGCCCCCCCCCCGUAAAGUGCGGCGGCGUGAGAAAGGUCGUCGGCGUGUGCCGGUGGGGAGAGAGGAGCUGGUCUUCCUCCACAAGUCGCCCAACUACUGCCUGGAGGACCGGAAGCUGGGCGUGGCGGGGACACGCGGCCGCCGCUGCAACCGGACCUCGGGCGGCGCCGACGGCUGCGGCCUGCUCUGCUGCGGUCGCGGCUACAACACGCACGUAGUGCGGCACGUGGAGCGCUGCGACUGCAAGUUUGUCUGGUGCUGCUACGUCCGUUGCCGGCGCUGCGAGAGCAUGAACGACAUGCACACUUGCAAGUAGCAGCCGGUGUGUGUGUGUGUGCGUGUGUGAGAAAGAGAGAGCUGCUGUGUGUUAAUUCUACAAGUAGCAUCCGCUUCAUAUGAAGAUAGACACACCUGUGUGAGGCAGAGUGUGUGUGUGUGUGUGUGUGUGUGUGCCAUAGAAAAUGACCGCAUAAAACAUAAAACAGGGCAUCAGAAUGGACUAAACUGGAUUGCUCAACUGUACGAACACCAGACUCAUUUGAUAGUCAACAACAAGUGUCUAAUAUGUGAAACACACCCAGCUACCCCUAAUUAUCCCUGUAUGGGGCAACAGGUACACGUGCUGGUUGAGCUCUGGGAGGUGAAGAGGGAUUGGACUAGAGUGGCAAUGGACUGAGCCAAGCAACGCAAGUGGAUAAGACUAAGGUGAACAGAGACUAGCCAGUCAUCACAGCUAACAUGACCUCAUGACCUUUGCCCUUUGACCUCUCUGACUGUUCCAAAUCUCACACGACCCCUUCUGUCCUCCCACCUCCUCUCAUGCCCUAGCACACUUAAUCUCAGUGUGUGUGUGUGUGUGUGUGUGUGUGUGUGUGUGUUGACUUUGACUCAUGCCAGUGAUAGAAAGCAAGAAGCGACAGCCUGAAUGAAGUAUUGUGAGAGAACACGAGAGAAUGACGGGGCCAAAUACUAACAGGAGCUGAGCGAGAGAGAGAGAGAGAAGCUUUGUGUGGAUUCUCUGAUCCAAUCCGAUUCCAUUCACCACCAAUGGACUCCAGGUCCACUUGGCAGCGGAGGGAGAUAUGGACCAGAAUUAUGGAACUGGACUCGUUUCUCCAUUAGAAAAGAAAUGGGAACAUGUUGAUCAGGCUCACUUAAUAGACUUUCAGUCUCUUUCACCAGCUAAACUUGGGCGCUUGCUGUUAUGU